AGGCGACUCACUACAUACAGAGAGGGAGAAAGAGUGAGUGUGUAAGUGCGAGAGUGCGAGAGAGAGAGAGAGAGACCUCAAAAGUAAAGGAAGAACAUCAAGGCAGAGAGGAAAGAAAGAAGGCCGAAUUUGGGGAGGAAGGCAGGGAAUGAAGGACCAAAAAGAAGACUCCACUCACCUGCGAUAUCAUAUCUUGUUCGUUUUGCUAAUGUGAGAGUGCCUUAAAAUGGUCCAAAACAAUUGUGAGUGAGGGUGGUGCACAGGCAGUGGGUAAAUUCGAGGCAAGACAUAAAACACGGGAGGCCUAUUUUCUACACCCAGGGUGAACUUCUUCCAUUCUGCUCAAUAGUGAAUGUUUUUAACAACUCAUUAAGCAUGAAAUCGACAAGUGGGAAUGCCACGCCUACUAGCCCAGCGUCGUCGACAUCAUCCGGUGGCAAGAUGAUUGCGGUUCGGGUCCAAAUGUUAGAUGACUCCAUCACGUUGUUCCAUAUUCAGGCUAAGGUUCCGGGCCGGGUCCUCUUUGAUCAGGUCUGCAAGCAGCUCAAUUUACUCGAAGUGGACUAUUUUGGACUCGAGUACGAGGAUACUCAUGGCGUUAUGUACUGGCUGGAUCUGGAGAAGCAGAUGAACCAUCAAGUCGGGCUCACUUCAUCAGAGCCUUUGCUCCGAUUCUGUGUUAAAUUUUAUACCCCAGAUCCGACUCAAAUCGAAGAGGAAUACACCCGAUACUUGUUCACGCUCCAAGUUAAGCGUGACCUGGGCCUCGGCCUUCUCCAAUGCAAUGAUAACACAGCUGCUCUGAUGGCUUCAUAUAUUGUCCAGGCUGAAUGCGGCGAUUAUGUGGUUGAGGAUUACCCGGAUCAUACUUAUUUGUCCUCUUUCAAAUUCGUUCCACAACAGAACCAAGAAUUAGAGCGUAAAAUCAUGGAGAACCAUAAACGACACAUCGGCCAAAACCCAGCGGAAGCGGAUCUCAAUCUUUUGGAAACUGGUCGACGUUGCGAAUUGUACGGAAUCAAGAUGCAUUCGGCCAAGGAUCACGAGGGCGUGACCUUGGAACUCUCAGUGGCUCAUAUUGGCGUCGUGGUUUUUCAGAACCAAGCCAAAAUUAAUACCUUCUCAUGGGCGAAGAUCCGCAAACUCAGCUUUAAGAGGAAGAAAUUUCUCAUAAAAUUGCACCCAGAAGGAUAUGGUUAUUACAAAGACACCGUGGAAUUCUACUUCGAGGACAGAAAUCAUUGCAAGAAUUUCUGGAAGAAGUGCGUGGAACACCACUCGUUUUUCCGAUGCUCAACCACUAUUCAUAGAGAACGAGAGAAACGACGGCUUCUUAGUCGAGGAUCGUCCUUCAGGUACAGUGGUAAAACACAGAAGGAGAUGCAAGAAUUCGUGAGGGAAAACUUCGUCCAAAGGCAGUCAUUCCAAAGACACGUUCGAAAUCUACAUUCUUCUAUGGGAAAUGUAGGAACCAGCAUAUCAGCUCAACCCCUUCUUCCAAUCGGUGAUAAUGGAGUCGACACGACAGACAACCGGUUUGAAGGCCGUCAAGAGCCCCUAAAUGAAGAAGGGAUUCAGCGUUAUUUGGAUUCUUCGGAGGAUGUUUACAAGAGAGUGAUAGUUAAUCAACCCCCGCCCAAGGACGUGACAUACUCGCCCACCAACAACAAUUAUAAUACCGAACCCAGCCGAGAUCAACGCAACCAAACACCAACUUCUGGCUCAUACAACUUGGACGAAGGCCGAGCGACUGAGACCAUGUCGUCGUUGUCUUCUCCAUUCAGUGGUCCACCAGGGAACAAUUAUUCGGGUCAUCACACAACGACAACGAUAGCAGGAGCUCCGUCCCCUCUCAAAUUCAUCCGAGAUGGUUCCGUUGAUGGAACACUCUCGCCCGUGAGCUCUAAAUCAGGGGGAACAGACACAGACCUGGAAUUCAAAAAGAAGAAAUAUCCUGUGGAUCGAACCUAUUUCAUCACCAAGGAAAUCCUCAUGACAGAACGUACCUACAAGAAAGACUUGGAAAUCAUAAAUCUUUGGUUCCGAGAUGAAGUGACCAAAGAGGAGGACAUGCCUGAGGAGCUUCUCACCCUUAUCUUCUCUCAUUUUGACCCCAUUUACGAGGCUCACUGUCGUUUGUUGAAUGACAUUGAGCAAAACAUGAUCGCUUGGGAAAAGCAAGGUUCCACCUCGACACAAAGCUCGGAGGGGAUUCAAAUUGGAAGUCUGGUCUUGAGAACUUUCGAUGUUCUGACACUUGAUCACUAUCUACGUUAUUUGGAAGCUCACGUUGAAGUUUUGGAAGUCUUGGAAUCGACCCUGGCCAAUGAUUCCCGGUUUUCUCAAGUCUUCAAGGACUUUGAGGCGCAGAAAGUUUGCUACUUGCCCGUGACAUCACUGCUACUGAAGCCUUUGCACCGGAUCAUCCAUUACGAUCUCCUCCUGGAACGACUACUCCAGACGUAUAACUCAAAUCAUCCAGACUACCAAAAUGCAAACAUGGUUAUGAUUAAGAUGCAAACCGUGAUCAGGAAAAUGAGCCAGAAACUACUCGACUCCGAGAAUUUCGCCAAGCUGGCUGAACUGCAGCGUGACGUCGGGUCCAGUUUCGAAGGUGUUCUGUCCCCUCAUCGACAUUUCAUUCGCGAAGGUUGCCUCCUGAAGCUUUCUCGAAAAGGCUAUCAGCAACGGAUGUUCUUUCUGUUCUCGGACAUGCUUUUGUAUUCGAAUCGAACGACGACACCUUCGCUCCACUUUCGGGUGCACGGACAGCUCUUUGUGAAAGAUCUCUCCGUUUUGGAGAGUGAACCUCGAAUGGGUGCCGAUCAUUGCUUCAAUAUUUAUGAUGGCAAGAAAGCGAUCUUGGUGGCAGCUGGAUCACAAGCCGAGAAAAUCCAAUGGAUGGAGGACAUUUCCGAUGCGAUUCAGGUGGCCAAAGAAAACGACCAUAUGAAUGGGGAUUCAGGGUACAACAAUGGCUCUUCAGCUCGUAACAAAUUUAUGAGCUUGAAGUCCAUCAGCGGAUCCGACGACGGUCUGGACAAAGCCGAGUCUCACGGAACCUUGGAUACUCGAUCGGGGUCUUCCAGCACUGGACAGCGAACGAAUUCCAGUGUUCAUGUGUGCUGGCAUCGUAGCACGACCAUGUCCGCCAAGGAGUACCACACGUCCAUCCAGACCCUCUUGAGCGGCUACCUUCUGCGGAAAUUCAAGAACUCCAACGGUUGGCAGAAGCUAUGGGUUGUUUUCACCAACUCGUGUUUGUUCUUUUACAAGACCUUCCAAGAUGAUUUUCCAUUGGCCAGUUUGCCGCUCCUGGGAUACGGCGUGUUCACACCAACUCCCGAGGAUGAGAUCCAGAAGAAUUUUGUGUUCAAGCUCCAAUUCAAGAACCACGUGUACUUCUUCAGGGCAGAGAGCCAAUACACUUUCGAGAGGUGGAUCGAAGUACUGAGCACCUCGACCCAAGUUGAACUAGAAGUACCUGUCCACCGAAAUGGUUAUUAAGAGUUGCGUGGUUUUGCCCUAAGAAGUUCCGCCAAAUCAUUUAUUUAUCGUAUGUCCCUCACGAAAUUACAAUAGUUUUCACUUUUCUACUCGCACUCCGUCUCGUUUUAUGUAUCACAACGGACUCAACUUUGAAAACACUCCCUUCCAAUAUUCUGGAUUUAUUUCUAGUCAUUUGGCUUUUGAUAUAUCUCGAAUCUUUCUCUCUCUCUUUCUCUCUCUCUCUUUCUCUCUCAACGAUAUAUCAACAGCAUUCAUAGUCGACAAGCUACAAUGCGAGCUAAACUGUGUAAUUUCAGUGUUCCAUCAAUCGAUGUGCCCUCAAUAAAACUACACUUCAGUCGCUCA